CAGCACUUGGAUCGUGGCAGUUGUCUGUUUCGUUGGGGUUCCGUCUCUCUCUCUUAAAAAAUAAAUAAAAACGUUUCUCGUUUCUCGAUCGCGUGUUUCAUUUCAUAUAUUGACAAAUAAUAAAACAGCCAUGUUGAAAUCACUGUUGGUCUUCUCAUGCCUUCUGGUCGCCGGUGUCCGAUGUGAGGAUCUCAAAGUGGAGGUCAUUAGCACACCUGAGGUCUGUGAUCAGAAAUCAAAGAGUGGCGACUCGUUGACCAUGCACUACACAGGAACUCUGCAAGCUGAUGGCAAAAAAUUUGAUUCCAGCUUCGACCGGGACCAACCCUUCACAUUCCAAUUGGGCGCUGGUCAGGUGAUUAAGGGCUGGGAUCAAGGAUUGCUCAACAUGUGUGUGGGUGAGAAACGUAAACUGACAAUUCCACCACAAUUGGGUUAUGGUGAUCAGGGUGCUGGCAAUGUGAUUCCACCCAAGGCCACUUUGCUCUUCGACGUGGAAUUGAUCAAUAUUGGCAAUGCUCCACCCACCACAAAUGUGUUCAAGGAGAUCGAUGAGAAUGCCGAUAAGCAAUUGAGCCGCGAAGAGGUAAUCGUCUAUGUCAGUGAAUAUCUGAAGAAACAAAUGACCGCUGUGGAGGGUCAGGAUUCGGCUGAAUUGAAGAAUAUGCUUGCCGAGAAUGAUAAACUGGUUGAAGAGAUUUUCCAGCAUGAGGAUAAGGAUAAGAAUGGUUUCAUCUCGCACGAUGAAUUCUCUGGUCCCAAGCAUGAUGAGCUGUAGAAUUCAGCGAUAUACACACAUAAAUCAUAUCGUGUCUCUCUCAAGGACAAGAGUGCUUAAGUUUAUAUAUCAUAUAUACCUACAUACAUCAAAAAAACAAAAAACAGAACAGAAAAAUCACAAUUUUUGUAUAAUGAACGAGAACUUUAUCUUUUUUUGAGUGGACUGACUUGUGUAAUCCCAAUUUAGGCAAUGUCAUACAAUAUACACAUAUGCAUAAUAUCCAUAGUAUAUAUAUUUUGUAUAUAAGAAACCAUUACAUAUAUAUAUAUAUCAAUCAUCAUUCUCUUGAUAUCUGCUCAAAAAACAAAAAACGAAAUCCCAGAAUGAAGAAGGAGAACCUUUUUUAUAUACAUUUAUAGGUUGUUAUAUUGACAAGAAUGAAAAAAGAAGAAAAAAACACAAAAAAUAAUAAGAAAAUGAAUGACAAAGAAUAAUUAAAUUAAUUUAAUAAAUUUUGCAUAUAAUAAAAAUUAACAACAAUUCCAAA